AUGGCCGACGACGGGACGAAGGCUGUGGCCGACGGCGGUAGACGAAGGCGGUGGCCAACGGCGGUAGACGAAGACGGUGGGCUGACGACCAAGGCGGUAAACAAGCUUACGUCUGAGGAGAUGGCAACCCACACAACCGUUACCGUGCAACAGCCACAAGCGUCAACAGGCAAUAAUCCUUGUGUAGAUCAAUUAUAUGGAGGAAGAAGAGAUACCAUUGUUCGACUGUAUAGAGCAUCAAUAGAAGGAAACUGGGAAGUUGCAAAAGACAUCCUUCAGGGCGAUGGAGAAUUAGUAAAGUAUAGAAUUACUGAAAAUAAUGAAACGCCACUUCACGUUGCAGCAGCAGCGGGCCAUAGCACCAAGUUUGUGGGAAAUCUUGUGAACAUGAUGAAUGACAUGGAUGACUUUAAACUGCAGAACAGAGAUGGAAAUACAGCCUUUUGUUUAGCAGCUAUCUCAGGAAAUGUUAGCAUGGCUAAAAUUAUGAUUGAGGAUAAGAAGCUGGCACUGCCCUCAAUUUGUGGUAGUGACAAAAUGAAACCACUCUAUCUGGCUGCUUUUCAUGGAAACCAUGAUAUGGUGAAUUAUCUCUAUGGUCUUUUUAUAUCCAAUAGACAGAUGGGUUGGACAAAUGAUGACAUGGAUAACCUUUUGUUGAAAUGUGUCCAGGCUGGCAUCUUUGUUUCUUCUUCAUGA